AACUUGUCUUUUAAAUUAAGUGUAUGUUAGGGAACACGGUUCCCAUGAGUAUAAUAAUGACUACAGAAGAGCCAGUAGAUCAACCAGACUUAAUUUGUGUGGAAGAGAGUCUCAUGAGCUUGGAAAAGCUGGAUAGAGCAUCACCUGAUCUAUGGCCUGAGCAAAUUCCAGGUGUUAAUGAGUUUGUUGCUCAAAAUUCACCGCAAACUGAACCAUCAUCCUGGGCUGCUGGUCUCACACCAGAUGACAUAAAUCAGCUACACCAAUUGGGAAACUUGUCAAUGACCGGUUUAAUAUCCGAAGUAAAAAAAUUACAUGACAUGGCUUAUCAGUUGGGAUUGGAAGAGGCAAAAGAAAUGACUCGUGGAAAAUACUUAAACAUCUUCAAACACAAAUAG